UAAAGCAUUCCAGUGCAGGGAGAGCAUUUGUUUACUGCAGACUUGGAACUGUAGCAAAAUGGAGAAAUCCAGAAGCAGUUCAAAAUCUCUGAAGACGCAUGAAACCCGACAACUACCUAGGCAUCAAAUGCAUGCAACUGGGCAGUCUGUUGCUCCCCAGUCUGCCAGACAUCAAUUUCAGGACAGAGGUCAUGACAAUCUGGAUCAAGUUGGGUAUACCUGGCAUCAAAGAAGAAGGUUAAAAGAAUUCCAAACCAGAUACCUAGCAAGGAAAUUCUUCUAUCUGUGGGCAAAAAAGACAUUUGGACAAGUUCUCCCUUCCAAAGCCAGAUGCUUUUAUAACCAGAAGAUUCUUCAAAAAACUUUUGGAGACUGGAAGGACUGGUGGACUGUUUGCAGGGAAAGGAAGCUCAGCCUCAGAGCAGACAGCCAUUACAGGCAUUUACUCCAUAAUUUGAUAUUCAAGGCUUGGAGAGCCUAUGUAUGCCAGCAACAAGGAAAGAGGAACAAAUAUUAUGUUGCAGAAUCUCAUGCAAAGAAGCAAAAAUUGCUCAGGACCUGGCAGCACUGGCUGGUUUAUGUUGAUGUUCAAAGGACAAAACAUGGGAUGCAGUCUGUGGCACUGGCAUUCAGGGAAAGAAGCUGUUUGCGCAUAUCAUGGGCAGUGUGGAGAAGACGACACUACCAGAACUGCACUGGACAUAAAAUGAAUAUUUUGGCUCUGCAGCAUUGGGCCCAGAGCCUGCAAUUUCGAGCUUGGUUGCAGUGGCGAGAGCUGUAUUUGUAUAGCCAGAAUGACAAGCAGAAGGAGAGUAGGGCAAUAACUCACCAUCAGCACUGGGAAUUGAAGAGAUGCAUGGAAGCGUGGCUAGGAUACUUAAACCUCCACAGAGCAAAGAAACUUCAGAACGAGCUGGCCCAAGAGCAUCACCAAAGCAGGAUAGUCCGGCAGUGUUUCUCUGAUUGGCGGCUGUCAUGGGAGUGUAGGAGAAGAAUGCAUGCUCACCGAAAGGACAUUGAAAAACUAGCAGCAAGGAUUGCCUUAUGGAGAGUCUUUGCACACUGGAAGCAUUAUGUACUGUGUGUGGAAGAGACUCAACAGUGUGAGCUGGCUGAAAAACACUACAAGCAUCAUCUGUUGAAACUUGGUUUUAAGGGUCUUUGGCAGAAUGUCAUGAACACACGUCUUCAGCAAAUGAGAAAAAAUCUGUCAUACCGUCAGCAUCAAGUUACAGUUCUGCAGAAGUUCUGGAACUGUUGGAAGUCCCGUUUGGAAGAGAAAGAGGAAGAACAGCAGCAGGCCUUAAUAUCAGUGGCUCAUGCCCGUUAUAGGAGGAUGUUGAUGAGACAGGUAUUUGACACAUGGUUGCUGAAGGUGUGCAAGCAGCAAGAAUACCGAAUGGGAGAGAGGAGGGCUGUACUUCAUUUUGAAAGGCAACUAUUGCGUUGUUUCUGGUGCUUCUGGCGUAGAAGAACAGCUGCAUGUUUGGAGGAGCAAGAGGGCUUGGUUCGUGCAAGAGAUCACUACAGUAACUUGCUUCUGCUAAAGGCUUUCUGUCUAUGGAAGCAAAAUACUCAGGAGAGAAAAACAGAGAGGCUCAAGGAGAUGCAAGCCUCAAGAUUUCACCAUUCAAAGUGUCUGCAGCAGACUUGGAACAAGUGGAGGGAGUAUGUGGGACGUCAGCAUGAGAAAUGGAGAAAGUUGGUGCAAGCAGACGUGCACUAUCAGCGCACAUUACUGGGCAAGACCUUGGCAGUCUGGAAGAGUUACCAGCAUAACAUACAGUGCAUUCUAUACCAAGUAGCUGAAAAGGAGAAACGGCACACUAGACUACUGCUGCGACAGCUUCUGUGUACGUGGAGAGAAAAUGCCCUUGCUCUUACACGUGAAGCUAAGGCAACUACUCAGGCAGAUGAGCACUACAGGAGAGCAAUCCUGUCAAAGGUGUUGAUACAGUGGAGAUACACUGCCUCGCUACAAGUGUAUUACCGUCAGCAGAAGGUGACAGCUGUGAUGGAGGCCAGAAAACAUCUGGAUAUAGUGCAUUUACAGACCCUGUUUCUUCACUGGAAGGAAUUAACCAGGGAGUCUCUGAUGCUGAGGGCUCAGCAGCACAGGGCAAUACAGCACCACCAGCAGCACCUACUCCAAAAGUACCUGGUGAAAUGGAAGAAAUAUCAUCAGCGAUGCCUUGGGAAAAUGCUACUACAGAGACAGGGAGAUCAGCUAAUGGCUCGUAGACUUUGCUCUGCUUCCUUCUCUUGCUGGAAGACACAGCUGUUGCAGCAGCGAUGGGAAAAGCUGAAGACAGUGCAAGCAUUGUGGCACUGGUCCCUUUCAUUGCAGAGGAAGGUAUUUGAUGCUUGGCUCAGAUUUGCCAAGGGACAACAACAGAAGAAAGAUCACACUGAAAAAGCCACAGGAGUUUUCCACACUACUGUUCUGAGAGAAGGUGUAACCCGGGUCUUGAGAUACACUGCUGGCAUGGAACAGCUGGGGGGACAGCUCCAAGCCCAGCACCAGCUGAAGGCAGCCUACAACCUUCACCAGUCAGUGUAUCGUUGUGCCAUGCUGUGGAAACAGAAGGCUCUCUCCAACAACUUAAAUAAGCCUUGUUCUUUUCUGCCACCUCUGAAGAAGCAAGUGACGUUUAAAAUGCCUGAUGUCAGCCCUGAAACAAGAGGACAUUCAGAGGAAGAGCCAUGGCCUUCAAAAUGCAGUCAUGUACCAUUUCACCUUGCUGAUGGGGACACAAUUCGCAGUGAUCUAAAUGCUAUUCGACAAGCAAGGUUACCACCACGGAGGCCUGACUUCCUUCUGCAAUCUCUGGAAAGCAAGGAACUGCUGGGACCUCCUUUUACUAGAUCAGAGGCACCCUUUCAGCAAACAUCUGUGAACAAAUGUUCUGCGCAGACUGGGAACUUAAUGCUAAUACCUCAAAUGGAAGAAAGUACCUGUAAACAUCUAUCUCAAAUGAGCAAUACCACGCAUUCCUAUCCAUCUCUCACACAUGCUGCUCUCCGGUCUGUACCACUGUGGACACAUGAUGUGUGCCGUGCUGUUCAGAGGCCAGAGCUAUGGUCUCCUUCAUCUGUCAUGCCCCAAAUGAAAGCUGGAGCAGAAAUGAGAGGUCAGCCUGGGAGUGGUCACGAAGGAGCCCAUUCCCAAGACUCUCAACAGGACUCUGUGGAGAAGUUGCGACCAAACUUGCAGCCAUGUUUGCUAUCACCUGAAGACUUGGUGGGAAAAUGGAGUCACCAAACUGCAGCUGAAGGGGAAGAAAGGCAGCACAGUUCCAGAGAAGAAAUGGUGUUACAGAGAAAGCUGGAAGUUGAACUCCGACACAUCCAACAGCAGAUGCAGUACUACUUCAGCAGGAAACAAGAACUCAAAUCCUGUCAGCAGCAGGCACAGAUUCUACACAAGUGGCUAGAAAUGAGCACACAACCAGAGGACCAAGAUGGUGUACACGGAGUUCAGGAAGAAUUGGAUCAGUUGCACAUGAGGAUCAACACUCUCACCAAAGCACAACUAAAAGAGAGACAUCUUGUGCAGAACCUGGUUGCCCGCCUGCAUGAUAUCCAGAUUGCUCUGGAUAUAUAACGCAUCUGAACCAAUUUUCCAGCUCAUGGCUGGUUAAAAACCAAACCAACCAGGAGCUAAAUGUACCUCAUGCUGCACUCGCAAUACCUAGUUUAGGUUACCCUGACAUUUCAGAAAGAUAAGCAACACUGAUAAGACUUUUUAUUUCAAAAUGUUUGCAAUUAAAUGAGUUAAUAUCAGUAAGUCAUACACUUUGACAUACAAAAAUACCGUGCUACUGAUACAGUUGAAGAAUUAAAUGGAUUCUCCAUGCAGGAGAAAUUCACAGCAUUAUCAGUACCCUCUAGGAACUUUGCUUUCACUUCCAGGGUGCAUAUGACCACUGCGUAACAAGUAAUGUUUGUUUAUCAGCUAGCUCUGCACAGUAUUAAGACCAUCACAAAAACAGCCACUUGCAUGCUGAAUCCUCUCCUCCUUCUUAGAAAUCUAAUAAAGCAAACAUCAGGUAACCUGUCCUUCAUUACGAGGCUAACAGUAACCUUCAAGAUACUGUGGAUGAUGAUGCUGAGUAGGAAGAAUUAAAGCUUCAAGUUGCUUUGGCUGUGUCUGGAUGCCAUAGGCCCCAGUGGAAAAGGGGCAAAAGAUUUCAGUUGUCUUUUCUCUCAUCCACUGGAAUAAAUUUGCUUUCUAUUG